AUGUGGAAGGUUCGCGAGCGAGCUCUCGCUGUGCGCUGGGGCAUGACGGGUGUGUCGCGCCACGCCGCUCGGAACUACUCUUUCCAGCCAUCUGCAAUUGUGAACGAUAAGAUUACGGGCGAGCGGACCGAGGUGUUUGAAGAAUGGCGCCGAGAAUUACGCAUUAUUGCUUCGCUUCCUGUCAUCCUUAUCUUUAUUCUGCUUCUACUAACUAUUUUGACCCUAAAUUUCCUAGCCGAGGUCAUCACCGCCGAGGUUUACGAUGGUCCUGGCAAGGCAUUCGUACCUUUUGUACCCACGGUUCUCUAUUCCACAUGUAUUCCGCUGAUCAUGAUGACCUGGAAUGUUACUGCCCGGCUAUUGACCAAGUGGGAGAACCAUGCUACAAUUCGUGCUUACAACGGCAGCUUGACGCUCAAACUAUUUGGAAUGCAAAGCCUAGUGACCUAUGCAGGUCUUGUACUCACAGCCUAUGUAUAUAUUCCUUAUGGCGAGCGAAUCAUCCUUGAGCUCUUUCGUCGUGGAUUCCUGACGGAGAUUUUCCGCGUCGUGUCUGGCGAAGAGCAAUUCUUGAUGCCUAAAAAGCUCAACUUCAAAAUUAGCCCACAACGCCUUCAUUCUCAGCUGUUUGCUCUAUGUGUGUCAGGCCAAAUCAUGAACACCGUUUCGGAAGUCAUCCUUCCUGUUGGCCUGCGCCUCCUAACCCAGGUGCACCGGCGAUGGGCCCAGCGGCGACAAACCGACAUCCAGCAGCCAUCAAGUCAGGACAGCGUGUCCCAGGGCAGCGAAAAUGAAUUUCUUACUCGUGUCCAGGCCGAGUUUCAGCUCCCAGUCAUUGUGAUGUGGUCUGUCAUUUGGCCUCUUGCGCCUACUAUUGGCCUGAUCAAUAACUUCUUUGAGCUCCGCUCCGACACCGUGAAACUGAUCAUCAAUAUGCGGCGACCCAUUCCGUUUCGGGCCGAGUCGAUCGGCAGCUGGCUCAAUGUCAUGACUCUCAUUCUGCGUCUUGCCGUCUUUACAAAUGCAUCGCUCGUGUACUUGUUUGAGACACGACCUGACAGCAAAUCGGGAUCAUUGGAGACAGUGAUGCGUGCCUAUGUUCGUGAAAGCACGAGCACUGCUGGAUCGAUCUUAGCCCGGGUAUCUUCUCACUUUAUAUCCUCGGACAACGCUGGAAGCAUUCUUGCUGCCGCCUUCCUCUGUGCCGUUCUGUGCGACCAGAUCUUUGGUAUCGUUCAGUUGAUCAUUCGCUAUAUCGUCAAGAAAUACAUGUGGGACAACAGCGAGGAAGACUUUGCGAUCCGCAAAGUAGAACAUCUAAAUCGCGUGGCGUUCGUGGAGCGGCUUCAGUCAUCGGACGUCUCUGCCUCAAAGUCAUUGGAUCCAUAUGAGAGUGGUUCUGAUGUCGCGUAUGGAUUUUGGGAUCCUUCAUAUGAUGAUGGCCUCCAGGCCAUUUUCGGUGCCGGAAAACGGGACUGA